GAUCCACGAAACGAGGCGUGGCUUACUAGUCUUGCAAACCCCGCCGGUCCGCCCGUCUCGCGGUCGCAGCAGUCGUCGCCCUGCUCCUCCUCGCUAACUACCCGCCCCCACCCGGCUCCUCGCCCUUUGCCACUCCGAGCCUCUAAAGGCAAAGCGCGCGGCGAUGUCGGCGGCGGCGGACGGCGCGGCGUACUGGCUGCGGUGGCAGGUCUUCGUGUGCGGCGCGCUCACCGUGCUGCCGGCGGCGGCCGCGGCGGCGCUGCUCCCGCGGCUGAGGAGGGCGGCGGCGCCCCUCCGCGCGACCGACCUGUGGGUCCCCUGCUGGGCGCGGCUCCACCCGGGCUGGCUCCUCGGUUACCGCGCCUCCGCGCUCGCCGCCGCGGUCGCGCUCCUCGCUCGCCUCCUCGUCGCCAACGGCCUCGCAGCCUUCUACUUCUACACCCAGUGGACCUUUCUGUUAGUCACAAUAUAUUUUGUGUUUGCAACAGCAGUAUCAGCUCAUGGUUGUUGGGUUUACUCAAAGAAAAGCUUGAGGAAAGCUGAUGAAUCCCGUGGAUUUCUUAGUGGUGAUGUUGAAAAUCAUGACAUUUCCACUUUGAGUUCUGGAGAGAGGAAAAAAGAUGAGACAAAUAAGAUGGUGAGCUAUUAUGAGCAAAUAGUGAAUGAAAAAAGAGCUGGAUUUUGGGGACGUUGCAUGCAAAUCAUAUACCAGACCAGUGCAGGUGCAACAAUGUUGACUGAUGUCACAUUUUGGGGGCUCCUUGUGCCAUUUUUCUACCGUGAUAAGUUUGGGUUAGCAUUGGUCACUGAUGGCAUGCACUCUCUAAAUGCUGUUUUUCUACUUAUAGACACAGUUCUCAACAAUAUGCCUUUUCCCUGGUACCGAAUGGCUUUCUUUGUUUUCUGGAGCUGCGCCUAUGUAACAUUCCAGUGGGUCCUUCAUGCUUGUGGAGGCUUAUCCUGGUGGCCUUACCCAUUUCUGGACCUUUCAUCGUCUGGAGCUCCUCUUUGGUACCUCGCCAUGGCCAUUGCUCAUGUCCCCUGCUUCUUUCUGUAUUGGUUGAUCGUCAAGGCGAAGCACACUUACUUCCCAAGGAUGUUCCCACAUGCUUAUGCUAGGACAAUUUAGGUCAUUUCUCUAAUAACGGACUAGGAUAUGUCUGUAUAAAUAAAUAUCAAUAGUAAAUUAUUUCCAAACUUGCUAGGUUCAAGUGUACGUAUACUUGUAUAGUCCCAAGAAUUCACAGUCCCUUUGAGAUGGGGCUGAAUUCCGAAGCACACCGGGAACAGCAUAUUGAUCAAUGAAUACAGAGGCUUAUUUUUAA